GGAAGUGCGGAGAAAGCUACAGCAAAACAAAAACAAAUUGGAGCGAAAUUGUUUGAAAAUUGGUUGCGACUCAAAAUGGACAAUGAAAAUACAAAGUCACCGAGUAACGUUUCAAGCUGCGUGUUUUCUAAUACAGAUUCAAAGGACUAUCGAUGCGUGGUGAUUUUAACAGUAAAACGAGCCACGGGAACCUUCUCCUUAGUAGGAUGCGUUUUCAUGCUGUUUGUGAUCUGGCUGCUCCGACGGUAUCACUCCUUGGCUCAGAAGAUGAUUCUGAGCCUGACUGUAGCUGCCUUCUUCGACAGCAUGGCGUAUGUCAUGGGUGAGAGCCAUCCAGAGGGAUCGCUUUGUAAAUUCCAAGCCUGGUGGCUAACAUAUUUUGACUGGAGUGCCUUGGCCUGGGUUUGCCUCAUCACACUGAACCUGUACCUCAACCUGGUCAGAGAAAUAAGCACCAACAGAUAUGAGAUGUUGUACCAUCUGAUGGCGUGGGGGGUGCCUUUGGUCAUGGCCUCUUUGCCGCUGCUCAAGGGUUACUAUGGCGAAGCAGGAGCCUGGUGCUGGAUCACAGACAAUCACGUAGCCUGGAGAUUUGGGAUAUGGUACGUGCCUCUUUUCAGCCUCAUCUUCCUGAUGAUCUGCUGCUACGCCAGGAUCAUCUACGUGGCCAACAAGAGAAUGCAGUCUUGGUUGGGAACCUUCAACCCAGAGAGGGAAAGACGUAAGGUUUCCUUGGCGGAGGAGAUCAAGCCUUUGAAGUGGUAUCCCUCCGUUUACCUGCUCGUGUCCAUCUUCCCCCUCAACAACAGGCUCCAUAAUGCCUUCUACCCUCAGAACCCAUCCUUCACCCUCACCCUGUUGCACGUCCUGUCGGCGCCGCUCCAUGGCUUGGCCAAUGCGUUUGUCUUUGGCUUGGAUAGGGAUUGGUGGAGCCUACUGAGUCCAACUGGCCUGCAGCUGGCUCUGCAGUCACGGCUCUGUGACAGGACUCGGAUCGGAGAGUACUACCCCGGGGCAGUGCGCUACACACAGGCUGACCUGGUCGACCUCAGCGAUGACGACGACGAUGACACCAACGUGCUCUUCUACUCUCCUGACAUGACCCUUAAAGACCGAGGGCCCUGAGAGAGGGAGCAGGAGAACGGGAGGAGAGAGAGAAGGAGGGAGACAAAAGAGAUGGAGGGAAGCAGCACGAAGGAGGGUCACAGCCAGAGAGAAACGCAGCGGAUUAGAAACUGAGAGGCAGGAAAAAAGAGGUAGGGAGGGAAUGGAAAAGGAAGAUUGGGGGGACAGUCAGGCAGAUAGAAGCCGGAGAUGAGCUGUCAGGUUCCAUUAUUAAUCCCCAUCCUUUACUAUUUAAUAUCCUAAAGACACACACACCACACAUACUGAGCAGAGCUCCCCUGCAAUACUGCCAUGAGAGAGAAGCAGGGAUGGAGCGCUCUAAAGAUCCUCCUAAUGUUAAAGGCAUCUGCUGCAUCCCAAAGGUCUUGAAACAAUUUCGAUCUCUGCGCCAUCUUCUUGACUCUUGUGUUCUGCAGCGUUUUGGCAUGCCAGAAAAAUAAAGAAUAUGUUUUUUUAAAAAAAACGCACAUAAAGGACUGCUGAAAGGCAAUCAUAACAAGGUGUUCCUUUAGCAUUCGCAGCAAUUACCUUUUCACAUCUCUGCGGGAGAUGAGUUAAAAAGCAGACCUUUUAAAAAGAGCCCUGUGUGUCGGAUGUGAAAGCAUCUAGAUGUACCCCGAGACCGAUCCCAGUUCUGAACUGUUUCCUUGCCAAUGGGGGAAGGUGGGAGAACAGUAGAAAUACAGAAAAGGGGAUUUUAAAAACAGUCAACAUGUCUCAGUGGGGGCAAAUAAGUCCCAAACCACCAGUGUUUCCUUCCUUCGACAGUAUUUGUUUCUCCGACUGUCUCUUUGCAGAUGACGUCACAUUACACAAGUUUUCCUUUGAACGUUUGCUUUGUGUUUUUUACUGAAAUACUACACUUGUUUGUUAAACUGUAUUUAUAACAGAUCGAUGUACUGUAUAUAUUUAAGUGUACAGUCUAUUUUUGUACGUGCCUCGGGGCUAAAACAUGAAGAAAAUUAGUCCAAACCUGCUGCUCUCAGCCUGAUUCAGAACACACAGCCUUAUGAACAGCUUCAAUUCAAAAACAAAUACCCACACACACUCAGACACACACACACACACACGUGCAUGUUUCUGAGGUGUUUGUUAAAACAGGUUGGGAUAAAGAUGACACACACACACACACAUUAGACACCCACAGCGUAGGAACAGCCUUUGAUGGCUCAUCAUCUCAUGGCCUUUGUCGGUCGUGGAGAAGGGACGUAGCUGAGACGUGAUUGGCAGGAUAAUGGAGUCACUUUAUAUUCAACCACAGCCCAUUUGGUGUUUCCAAUAUCUAGGUGGCUUCAUCAUUGUGUCGGUGCGCUCCGCCGACUGUCAGCUGCCUCUCCGAGAAACUGAACUAAUGAACCGACACUUGACCCUUCUUACCCUUGGGGUUUUUUGAACUUUUCUGCCGGGCGUCAGUGACACCGGAGUGCAACUUUUGGUUUGCAGUUCACAGAGUCCCACCAACCAGCACUGUAUCUCACACACACACACACACACACACAAUUGCACUAUGCCCCUCUUUUGGCACUGUUGCUGGUUUUACUUGACUGUGCACUCCAUCAAAUAAAUGAGCAGGAGAGACAUUUCAUAACAAA